UCUGGCAAAAUCGGCUCUGGUAACUUCUGUGACGUUUUCCGAGGAAAGGUUACCAUUGAAAACAAAGAGAUUGAUGCCGCUGUCAAGAUUUGUCACGCUCCUAGUGCUGAAGUCUCGCCGCAAGACAUACUUGAAGCCAGAACAAGUAUGAUCAAUGAGGUGAAGAUGAUGGCACGUUAUCGAGAUGAAAACCUGAUAAUGUUUUAUGGUGUCGCCUGUGAUCGACCUCCAGUGAUGAUUAUAAUGGAAUUGUGUGACGGUGGCAGUCUAGAUAGUCAUCUUCGCACUCGGGGCAAAUUAAUCAGCAGCACAGAAAAGCUGAUUUACUUAUAUGAGACAUCAUCAGGAAUGCGGUACUUACAUUCAGUGAAUUGUGUUCAUCGUGAUUUGGCAGCCAGGAAUUGUUUGAUUUCCAGAGAGGGAACUAUCAAAGUUUCUGAUUUUGGUAUGAGUGUAUCUUAG